AUGCACAAUUACACUCGCCAUGUCGAUCGGCCGGGCUGCAACCACGCGCUUGCUCAGCAGAGGACGAAUUGCACGCCACAAGUCAGUUAUGGCGCGCCCACUAAAGCGUUAAUUUCACAUCACGGCCGAUGUCAAGGUGGCACUGCAUCGAACAGCAAUGGGAGCUCUGGAGGUGAUGACUGCCUCCUACCCGAAUCGUUUCAGAUCAUACCGCCUUCGCAGCGGGACAGUCGUAUCUCGAGGAAAGUGAGGAUACUAAGCCAUAUCGAGCACAGACUUGGACCAUUGUCGCAGUCCGCUUCCGCACUAAACAGUCAAUUGCUCCGAGGUGAGGCGGAUCCUUUCACCGAGCUCGAGAGCCGUAUCAAGCAAGGCACUGCAGAUUCAGAAAUCAUACGAGUCUGCUUGAUUGUAGCCAAGGAUAGGCUGUUUAGUUUGCCACGCAAGGAAUGUUCAGCUGCAGGACAGGCGGGACCGCCGUAUGCAGCACGGACACUAAAGUACAUCUGGAGCGAUACCCGGCUAUGGAACCCCAUCGCUUGUGUGGAUAAUCACGCACUAUUCUCACUUUCCGGUUUCUCCAUCUAUGAGAAUUUGCACGAUCUGGUACUGGAGUGGGCAAGAGCACAUGUGCCGAUUGAACAGUCCGAACAGUUCCUCGGACCUGACAACGUAUGGCGCGGAUACCUGGUACGUUCGAUGCUAAGUGCACUCAACGCAUGCGAAACUGGGAAUAGCGCAGAUCAGGUCUUGGAAACCUUCUUCAAAGUCAAGGACUGGAAGCGAGCCGCUUUAACUGAACAACCUCCAGGUCCUGCAAUGCCGAUUGGACUGCGACCUGCCAUGUUCGAGAUUUUUAAUGCCCUCACAUCUGGCGUUAAAGCGCGUACAUCUCCUGCACUCUACGACCGCUUUCAGCGGUUCUGUCUCGAUCAAAUCAUCCUCGGUCAUACGCGGAAUGGGUUGCAGCGAAAUCAGGUGUCGCUCGCCAUGGCUCGCCUGGCACUACACCAUCCCACGCGACCGGACGUGGACCCAGCAAUUGACUACAUACGUCAUCUGCUCCAGUCCAAGGACGCUGGGGACGCCCUAGUGUGGGCCAUGGAGCACGUUACUAAGAAAUUUAUCGAAGAAACGCAUCGCGUGCUCGAACGUCAACAACGCCAGGCAGACUGUGUUUGGGUCGAGCGAGCGUUCGAGUCUGUGUUUGGCCAGACAUUGAAAGCAUUUGGGCAGGAGCGUAGGCAAACACCACGCAGAGACUAA